GGGGGCGGGGCAGAGGCCGGAGCGCGCUGGAUUCCCCGGGCCAACUUCCGGCGGGUGCGAGUGGCGGGUGCGAGUGGGAGCUGCGUGGCGGGGCUUGCAGGUUUCAUUUCGCUUCUGAAUCCCUGCUUCUGAGACAGCAAUGGCAGCCCGAGUUCUUGUAAUUGGUAGUGGAGGAAGAGAACAUACCCUGGCCUGGAAACUCGCACAGUCCCCUCAUGUCAAACAAGUGUUGGUUGCCCCAGGAAACGCAGGCACCGCUUGCUCUGGGAAGAUCUCCAAUGCUGCUGUCUCCGUCAGUGAUCACACUGCUCUUGCCCAGUUCUGCAAAGGUGAAAAGAUUGAACUUGUAGUUGUUGGACCAGAGGCCCCUCUGGCUGCAGGAAUUGUUGGGGACCUGACCUCUGCAGGAGUGCGAUGCUUUGGCCCCACAGCACAAGCAGCUCAAUUAGAAUCCAGUAAAAAGUUUGCCAAAGAGUUCAUGGACCGACAUGGAAUCCCAACUGCACAGUGGAGAGCCUUCACCAACCCUGAAGAUGCCUGCAGCUUUAUCACGAGCGCGAACUUUCCCGCUUUGGUUGUGAAGGCCAGUGGCCUUGCAGCAGGAAAGGGGGUGAUUGUGGCAAAGAGCAAAGCAGAAGCCUGCAAAGCUGUCCAGGAGAUCAUGCAGGAAAAGUCUUUUGGAGCAGCUGGUGAAACAGUUGUUGUGGAAGAGUUUCUGGAAGGAGAGGAAGUGUCUUGCCUGUGCUUCACUGACGGGAAGACAAUAGCCCCAAUGCCCCCAGCACAAGACCAUAAGCGAUUGCGGGAUGGAGACCAGGGCCCCAACACAGGGGGAAUGGGAGCCUACUGCCCAGCACCUCAGGUUUCUAAAGAUUCGUUAGUAAAAAUUAAAAACACUAUUCUUCAGAGAACAGUAGACGGCAUGCAGCAGGAGGGGGCGCCGUACACAGGAAUUCUUUAUGCUGGCAUAAUGCUGACCAAAGAUGGCCCAAAAGUUUUGGAGUUUAAUUGCCGUUUUGGUGAUCCAGAAUGCCAGGUCAUCCUCCCACUUCUUAAAAGCGACCUUUAUGAAGUCAUUCAGGCCACCUUAGAUGGCCUGCUGAGCGCGUCUCUGCCUGUGUGGCUAGAAAACCACAGUGCCGUAACUGUUGUCAUGGCGAGUGAAGGGUACCCUGGAGCCUACACCAAAGGCGUGGAGAUAACAGGGUUUGCUGAGGCCCAGGCCUUAGGACUGCAGGUCUUCCAUGCAGGCACUGCUCUUAAAGAUGGCAAAGUGGUGACCAGUGGGGGCAGAGUCCUCACCGUGACAGCUGUCCAAGAAAAUCUCAUGUCAGCCCUUGACGAGGCCAGGAAAGGACUCGCCGCUCUAAAGUUUGAGGGAGCCAUUUAUAGAAAGGACAUUGGCUUCCGUGCUGUGGCCUUCCUCCAGCGGCCCAGGGGCCUGACUUACAAGGACUCCGGAGUAGACAUUGCAGCCGGAAAUAUGCUGGUUAAGAAAAUUCAGCCUUUAGCAAAAGCCACCUCCAGACCAGGCUGCAGUGUUGACCUUGGGGGCUUUGCUGGUCUUUUUGAUUUGAAAGCAGCUGGUUUCAAAGAUCCUCUUCUGGCCUCUGGAACAGAUGGUGUUGGAACUAAACUGAAGAUUGCCCAGCUGUGUAAUAAGCACGAUUCUAUCGGUCAAGACUUGGUUGCGAUGUGUGUGAACGACAUCCUCGCCCAAGGAGCAGAGCCCCUCUUCUUCCUGGAUUACUUUUCCUGUGGAAAACUCGACCUCAGUACAACUGAAGCUGUUGUUGCUGGAAUCGCUGCAGCCUGUCGACAGGCGGGCUGUGCUCUCCUAGGUGGGGAGACAGCAGAGAUGCCCGACAUGUACCCUCCUGGAGAGUAUGAUCUUGCUGGGUUUGCCGUUGGUGCUAUGGAGAGACACCAGAAGCUCCCUCAGCUAGAAAGGAUCACAGAAGGGGAUGCUGUUGUUGGAGUAGCUUCGUCUGGUCUUCACAGCAAUGGGUUUAGCCUUGUGAGGAAAAUCGUGGAGAGGUCUUCCCUCCAGUACUCCUCCCCAGCACCUGGUGGCUGUGGAGAUCAGACCUUGGGGGACUUACUUCUAACUCCAACCAGGAUCUACAGCUACUCACUGCUGCCUAUCAUACGUUCAGGACGUGUCAAAGCUUUUGCUCAUAUCACUGGAGGCGGAUUGCUGGAAAACAUCCCCAGAGUCCUCCCUCAGAAGUUUGGAGUAGACUUAGAUGCCUGCACCUGGAGGGUCCCCAAGAUCUACUCAUGGCUACAGCAGGAAGGACAGCUCUCUGAAGAAGAAAUGGCUCGGACAUUUAACUGUGGGGUUGGAGCUGCCCUGGUGGUGUCGAGGGACCAGACAGAGCAGGUUCUACAAGACAUUCGGCAGCACCAGGAAGAAGCCUGGGUGAUAGGCAGUGUCGUUGCGUGUCCUGAAGGCUCCCCUCGUGUCAGAGUUAAGAAUCUGAUUGAAACCAUACAAACAAAUGGGUCACUGGUGGCAAAUGGCUUCCCGAGAAGUAAUUUUCCUGUCCAACAAAAGAAGGCAAGAGUGGCUGUCCUAAUAUCUGGAACAGGGUCAAACCUCCAGGCGCUCAUAGACAGCACUGCAGAUUCCAAGAGCUCCUCUCACAUUGUUCUCGUCAUCUCCAACAAAGCUGCUGUAGCUGGCUUAGACCGAGCAGAGCGAGCCGGUAUUCCCACCAGGGUAAUUAAUCAUAAAUUAUAUAAAAAUCGUGUUGAAUUUGACAACGCAGUUGACUGUGUCCUGGAAGAGUUUUCCAUAGACAUCGUCUGUCUCGCAGGAUUCAUGAGGAUUCUCUCUGGCCCUUUUGUCAGAAAAUGGGAUGGGAAAAUGCUCAACAUCCACCCAUCCUUGCUCCCUUCUUUUAAGGGUUCAAAUGCUCACGAGCAAGUCCUAGAAGCUGGAGUCACAAUUACUGGGUGUACCGUACACUUUGUGGCUGAAGAUGUAGAUGCCGGACAAAUCAUCCUGCAGGAAGCUGUCCCUGUGCAGAGGGGUGACACUGUUGCUACACUGUCUGAACGAGUCAAAGUAGCAGAACAUAAGAUCUUUCCUGCAGCCCUCCAGCUGGUGGCCAGCGGGGCCGUGCAGCUGGGAGAAGAUGGCAAGAUCCACUGGACCGAAGAGCGGGGCUCGUCCUGAUGCAGGCGUGCACCCAGUGCUAAGAGAGAGAAGCAGGGCUUUGCUAGGUGCCUUUUCAUCAUGGCAUUGCCAAACUGAAAUACCUGCUAGCAAAAAGACUUUAAUCCUAACCCGCUGCCAUUUUUUUUUAAUAAAUAGGUUCCUUAAAAACAAAACUUAUUUAGCAUUUUUAAAACACAUCCAGAAGUAGGAAGGUCUAGGCUGCCAACAUACUGAGCACAUAGGAACCCAGACAAGAGAUCUCUAAGCUUACUGCUUACCAUGCUUUUCUACUCCCAGAGACUCAUGAAGAGUGAUGACCAAAGCCAGCCAGCCACCCUUGAACUGCUGAGCAGCCCACACAACUGGACUCCUCACCUAAGGGCACCCAGAGACCGUGUUGGAACCUCUCAAGCUUUAAAUUCAAAACAACAGCAGAUCCUUAAACUGUAGCCUUCAAAGAGGAAGAAAAGAAAUCCAGGAUACGGUAGAGCAGGCCUUUAAAACCAGCACCCAGAAGGCAGGUGGAUCUCUGUGAGUUCGAGGCCAGCCUGGUCUACAGAUAGAGUUCCAGGACAGCCAGGGCUACACAGAGAAACCCUAUCUCAAGAGAGAAAGAAAAAUGUAUAAUGUGGAGGGAGGGAAAGCGGCCCGGCCCCAGCAGAGACACUGACUGCCGCCUCUGAGGUGGGUGAGGCAGGUGGGGCGCACCGGGCCUUUGCCACUCACCAUGACAACUUUUCCCUUUGACUAGUAAGAAACCACCGGCAGAUGAGUCUGCCUGUCUAAAACAGUAGACUAGGUCUGCAGUCAUCUGCAGUCAUCAGCAGUCAUGCUGCUGUCCCGUACAGUCGAAGGGACAGUUGGCAGAUGGGAAGGAGAUUCUGCAGGUUAGUGGAACCACAGACAUAGAAACCGGCUACGAGAAGUCAGUGUGCACCUAUAAUCUGGAGGUUAGAAUGUUCGCUUUGCUCCUCAGUACUGCAAGACUAACAACAGUGCAUUAAUGGUCUGACUCUUUAUUUCAAGCUAAUCUUCCUUUUUUUUUUUUAAGUACUAGCCUUCCCGUACGGUAGCUGAUGCCAUGUCUCCCCAGAGAAGAAUCCAUGUGUCUGGAAUGUCUGGUUGCCGGAAACCGUAAGACACCUUAGACUAGCAGAGGUGAUAAUAGAGGGCGGAGUAGUCAGAGAGCGUGCUGCCAUGCCCCUUCCCAGGGGAAGAGGAGACAAUGUCUUCCUUACCCCUGGGUCCCAAACCCAGGCUGCAUUCUGCCAAACCUCACACUGGGGAAACAGUGGGUGCAUGCCUGGACUUCCUUACAGAGAACAGGUCUGGAUGCUCCUCCUCCAACCCGCAGGCUUGAAGGUUGUUCCUAUGACUGCAUAGACGAGCCUCCUGGACUGCCUACCCUGGCCUAUACCCAAGCUCCUCCCUCAGCCGCUGGCAAUUAAGGCAAAUUUGCAUACAGCAGGUGGGAGCAAUGGACACAGGUGAAGCUUGUUCAGAAUCAGCAAGCCCAGAUGAUGGGCUAACCCUUUCCAGGCAGCACUGCCAAACUCCCACAACAGUGGUUGCUUGGCUCCCUUGGUGGUCACAACAGAAUACUAUUUAGACACAUUGAAUAUGAGUGGCUAUUGGAAGAUGCUAUAUUAAGUUGGCCUUCAACUAUUCAAAUUUGUAACUUACUGUCUUAGUAUACAAACAUUAGUUAUUGAAGAUUGAGAUAGCUCAAUCUGUAAAGACUCUUGCCUUCAAGCUUGACACCUUGAAUUUGAUCACCAGGAUCCACAGGACAGAAGGAGACAACCAACUCCUUAAGUGUGUACCAUAACAUACAAAACACAAAACUACACAUACAAAAAAUAACCAAGUGUAAUAAGGUUUAAAGUUGCCAAGAUCAUCUACGCAUGUCCAGUCCAGUGCUGUAAUAAUGACCACUGCUCACCUGACCCUUCUCUUUGCUCUUCUGUCAUGCCCUAGCUUCUUUUGCAGGGAACAUGCCUUUAAUCCCAGCACUCAGGAGGCAGAGGCAGGUAGAUCUUUGUGAGUUUGAGGCCAGCCUGAUCUUUAAAUCGAGUUCCAGGACAGCCAGGGAAACCCCGCCUCAAAAAAUAAAUAAAUAAAUAAAAACAAAGAACAAGGACUUACUAUGUAGCCCUGAAUGCCUCAGAAUUUCAUGUAUAGACCAGGCUAGCCUUAAACCCUGUGAUGGUUUGUAUAUGCUUGGGCCAGGGAGUGGCUUUGUUGGAGGAGGUGUGUUACUGGUGUAGGCUUUAAUACCCUAGUCCUAGCUGUCUGGAAGUCAGUCUGUAGAACUCUCAGCUCCUCCUGCACCAUACCUGCCUGGAUGCUGCCAUGUUCCUGCCUUGAUGAUAAUGGACUGAACCUCUGAACCUGUAAGCCAGCCCCAAUUAAAUGUUGUCCUUAUAAGAGUUGCCUUGGUCAUGCUGUCUGUUCACAGCAGUAAAACCAGAACUAACACAAACUCCUAGAGCUCUACCCUGUGCCUGCCUCCAGAGGGCUGGGAUUAAAGGAGUGCCAAGUUUUCAUUAAACCCUUUGUAUCUUC